AUGGCGGCCGAAAUUCGAAUUUUCCUUCAAACUCUCCUCUUAGUUUCUUCAUCUCUCUCUUUCUGUUUCUCAAUCAGAAACUCAAUCCCAAAUGGCUUCCUCAGAUUCCUCUUAAUUCUCCCCUUCUUCUCCCUCUUCCUCUACAUUCCUCUCCAAUUCCAAACCAUCCAUUUACAAGGCUCCAUCGGCUUCUUCAUCGGUUGGCUCGCAAGUUUCAAGCUCCUCCUCUUUGCCUUCGGUAAAGGUCCUCUCUGUUCCGCUGCCGCCUCCUCCUCCCUCCGCCGCUUCCUCGCCAUCGGCUCCCUCCCAAUCGAAAUCCCCCAGGACACCAACCGCUCCCAUCCUAAUCCCAUUCUUCCCCCGACCUACUUUAUAAAAUUAUUGCUCCUAAUUCUCACACUUGUCGCCAUCUAUUUCAAAAACUACUUACACCCAACCCUAUACCUGAUCGUCUUCUGUUUCGUAAUUUACUUCCUCCUCGAGAUUCUCAUCGGUGGCGCCGCCGCCUUCGUGAAGGCGACGCUCGGAGUCGAGUUAUUGCCGUAUUUCGACGAGCCCUAUCUGUCCGUUUCGUUACAGGAUUUUUGGGGGAAGCGAUGGAAUUUAUUGACUUCUAGAAUCCUCCGCCUCGCCGUUUACGAUCCAUGCCGGAAACUCACUGUUGGAAUCGUCGGGAAGAAAGCGUCGGCGAUGGUGGCGCUGACGGCAACAUUCGCAGUCUCCGGUUUGAUGCACGAACUCAUCUAUUUCUACAUGGGAAGAUUGGCGCCAACUUGGGAGGUGACUUGCUUCUUUUUAUUACAUGGAGUUAGUCUUUCAGCGGAGAUGGCGAUGAAGUCAGCGGUGAGGGGUAGGUUGAAGGUGCCGAGAAUUAUAUCGACGGGGUUUACAUGGUGGUUUGUGAUGACGACGAGUUCUUGGCUCUUUUUCCCGCAGUUUUUUAGGUUAAAACCGGAUGUUAGAAUGAUGGAAGAACACGCAGCUUUGGGCGCGUUUGUGAAGAACGUGACGGUACAGCUCAUCACACCCUUUAAAUUUUCUUUCUGA